AUGGAAAAUAAGCCUGAUAGUGGAUAUGCCAAAGAUAAUAAUGGACUACCAAUUGAUUACACAAGUAACAUACCACGAUUUUCUGUUGAAUCAUCAGCAGAAUUAGAAGAUGGAGUGACUUAUUUAAAUGAAAAUGGUUACGUUGUCUUCAAAGAUGUUCUAUCUAAUGAUGAAGUAAAUUCAAAUAUUGAUCUCUUCUGGAAACAUUUAGAAAAAUUACCAAGACCUUAUUUUAUAAGGCGAAAUAAUUUUGAAACAUGGAAUAAUUGGCCUGGUAUGCCCCACAUUGGACUUGUACAAGAUUAUGGAAUUGGACAAUCAGAGUACAUGUGGAAUCAUCCAAUAACGAAACCGAAUCGUUGUUCAGUGCAAGGUCUCGUAGCAAUGACCGAUAACAAUGAAUUUACUGGCGGUUUAAUCGUUUUCCCUGGCACUCAUAAUCAAUUUGAUGAACUAAAAGAUCUUGUAACGGUUAACGAUAGGAGAGGCGAUUAUGUUCGGGUUCCUUAUGAACAUCGUAUUUUCAAACAGUUACCGCCAAAUGAAAAGGAGUUCAGAGUUGGAAAACUAAUAAAAUGCAAAGCCGGUGAUCUAGUCAUUUGGGAUAGUCGUACAAUUCAUUGCAAUACUCCAGCAUUAAAUACGCCAAUCAAUUCGCUCGAUCAUCAAGUAGAAAAGACUGGUCUACUUCGAAUAGUCGCUUAUGUGACGAUGACACCGACCUCGUUUGUUCAGCCGUGUAACUGGGAAUAUCGAAAUUUAAAAGAAUUUCGAAAACAUAGGAAACAAUAUGUAAAAGCUAAUUAUACAUUGACACACUGGCCGCAUGAACUGAAUAUUGCAACUGCUCCACAAUAUCUGUCAGAGAACACGUUACAACUGAACAGCUACCAAAAAUCAUUGAUUACUGGAAUAAACUUGAAUGAUAGUGAUAUAAAAUAUCAAACAGAAAGUUCAGAUGAAGAGAACGCAGAUAGCAACAACUAA